AGGUAACAGUAUCGUAAACUCUGCACCCAACACCAGCCCCAACCUGUCCAGGUCAUCAUCCAAUCAGCCCCUGCCACAGGGGAGCAUCGCUGCCCCCUGGGCUGACCGCUGGGGCUAGGUAGCCGGCGGGCGAGCGGGCCGGGCCGGCGGGCGGCGGCGGCGGCGGCGGCGGCAGCGGCGGCGGUACUGGAAAGGGAGAGUGAGCCGCCAGCCCGUGCUCCGAUGAUCGUCGUAUAAAAUGAAAGCGGCACAGGCAUGGGCAUCGUAUUCGCCGCCUAGAGUCGGAGCUCGACACACCUCAGACAUGCUGCGAAACGCUCUACUGCUGGCUCUGGUGGCCGUCUGGGUGGCCAGCGGCGACCCCGACCCCAAGCCCGAGGCCAAGCCCGAGGCGCGCCGCGGCCGCCGGCCAGCUCUGCGCGCCGGCUACGGCGCCCCGGCCCUGUCCCCGUCCUACGGCCCGCCGGCCCCCAGCUACGGCCCGCCGGCGCCCACCUAUGGCGCCCCGGCGCCCGUCUACGGCGCCCCGGCGCCCAGCUACGGCCCGCCGGCGCCCGCGUACGGCCCGCCCGCCGUCGAGAAGCCCGUCUGCUACGCCAAGACCCAGUUCAAGACCACCUGGGGCAAGAUGACGCAGUACAAGACCCACUGGGCCACCGAGAACCAGGUGAUUCCGUACACCAUGUACAAGUACGUCACCGAGACUCUGUACUGGCCGACCACCGUCACCGAGUGGAAGGAGAUCAUCAAGACCCUGCCGUACAAGCUGCUCACUGAGACCCAGGUGGUCUACAAGACCAAGGCUCUAGUGGAGAAGCACCCCGACUACACCAACACCGAGUACGUGUGGCACACGCACAACUACAUGGACCACCACACCGUCACCAAGCACAUCACCAAGUACGCCACCAAGACCAACUACUACACCGACACUGUCACCGAGUACGUCAAGAAGCCCGAGUACCACACCGAGACCCAGACCGAGUACGAGACCAAGUACCACACCAAGAAGGUCCAGGAGCCCUACUAUGAGACCGUCUACAAAACCGUGAAGAAGCCCCAGCCGAUGUACGUGACUGAGUACGCCACCAAGCACCAGUACCAGACGGUGUACGCCACGCACACGCAGCACGAGUACCACACCGUCACCAAGUGCCCGAGCACCAGCUACGGCCCGCCCUCCUACUAAAACUGCCGCAGAUCGUAGCCGACCGCGGUCGCCUGGCCCGACAGGUCGCAGCGCCUCCAUCUCGGCGCCGCCGCCACUCCACCGGUGACCUGACCUGACCCGACCUGGGUCGUCGCGCCAGCCGGCCGUGCGCCGCCAGUCUUUCAGGGGACACCCGGUCCGCACUGGUCACUGCCGCUGGGUCGGAGGGUGCCCGCCGCGGCGCCCGCACCCCUGCGCCCCGGCAGCGGACCCUGGACGGUGUUCCCGCCAGCGUCACACUCACCUGGUCACAAAAUUACUCAACGCCUCGCCGAGACUUCGGCGGUGGCUCAAACGGGUGGCGUGCACAUUUCCGCGGGCACGGAGUGGCGCCUGGUGGUCUCGGGCGCCCUCCUCCCUCACUGGAAUGAGUGAUCAUUGUGUGCAAGCCAGUGCUAGAAUUGUUUUAGUUAUAUUCACCUACAUUAGCUGUUAUCUGUCUCUGAGUUUUCAUCCCAGUGCGAUUGUUGUUGCCUCACUCCUCUGAGUGGCUGGGGACUGUUCCCGGCCACACAGCUUUUAUAAAUUAUUGUAAUAUGCAUACCUGCCUGUUGUUCUUCUGUAAAUACAUGAGAGGAUUUUUGUAA